CUGAACAUACCAUGGAUCUCUCUGAUGGCAGGAUGUUGCUGCAGCCUCUCUGGACCUUCCUCCUGGGACACUCCUCCCUCCUGCGCUCGCCGUUCUUCCCCGUCUUCUUCUCCAUCUCCGUCUACCUGUCCUUCUGCCUGCCCUUCCUGCUGCUGGACUUGCUGUCCUUCAGGUGGGCCCUGGUGCGCAGGUACAAGCUGCAGCCUCAAAGCUCCGUUAGCUGGGCCUCAGUGCGGAGCUGCCUGACUCUGACACUUUACAACCACCUGGUCUUCAUCUUCCCGCUGACCGUGAUGCACUGGUACCUGAGGCCAGUCCACCUGCCCGAGGAGGCCCCGCCCCUCCCCCGCCUGCUGGCUCAGGUGCUGGUCUGCCUGCUGCUCUUCGACUUCCAGAGCUUCGUCUGGCACCUGCUGCACCACAGAGUCCCCUGGCUGUACCGCACCUUCCACAAGGUGCACCACACCUUCACUUCCACCUCCGCCCUGACCACUGAGUAUUCCGGGGCCUGGGAGACUCUCUGCCUGGGCUUCUUCGCUGCCGCCAACCCCCUCCUGCUGGGCGCCCACCCCCUCACCGAGCUGGCCUUCUUCCUGCUCAACAUCUGGCUGUCGGUGGAGGACCACUGCGGCUACGACCUGCCCUGGGCCACCCACCGUCUGGUGCCGCUGGGGCUGUACGGGGGUGCCCGCCACCAUGACCUCCACCACCUCAAGUCCAAGUACAACUACGCCCCUUACUUCACCCACUGGGACCGGCUGGCCGGGACACUGUGCACGGAACAAUGAGCGGUGAAGGACGAGCUUCUGGACUGAAAGUCCUGGACACUUUUAUUUACACUUGUUAAUAUCUAUUUAUUUACGCGUGUAUUUAUUUAUGAACAUGCUGCAGUUUAAAUGUUUCAUUAUUAUAUAACUUAUAAUGUAACUUAUUAUAUAAGUUUUAUUUACUUAAAACAAGAAGGAGCCGAAUUAUUUUGAUCAAAGGAAACAUGUUCCAUGUGGAAAUAGGAGAUAUAUACAUAUAGAAACAGUAUAUAUUUAUAUACUGUAUAUACAGAGAGACUGAAUCAUUGCAGGACUGCAGGAAAACUUGUUUUGCAGUGCAUUAUGGGUAUUAAUUAAUGUUAUUGAAAUAUGUUCUGGUGCAGCUGAGUCGUUAAAGAAAUCUUUAACGCAACAGAAGAAAUGUUCAUAUUGAACAAACCUGCUGAAUCUUCUGUAUUCAAAUAUUAAUGAAAUGUUGUAAUAAGCUACAGGUCAGUGAUUCUGUUCCAGAGUCAGAGGAUUGGCUUCAUUUAAGGUGGAACACAGGAAGUGAGAUGAGAGAGGUAAUGAGGAUGAGGCAGGUGAUGAGGAUGAGGCAGGUGAUGAAGAUGAGGCAGGUCAUGAAGAUGAGGCAGGUGAUGAGGAUGAGGCAGGGGAUGAAGAUGAGGCAGGUGAUGAAGAUGUAACUGAAUGUAAACAGUAUUGUGUGAAGUGACAGUCUGGGUCACCGACCAGUGAAUAAACUUGUA